UACACUUUACAGUUUUACCUUUUACACUUUACACUUUUCCAGUCUAUUCUCUAUUACAGCCAUUACAGGUUCAACAUGUACCUAUUAUAAUAUCAUUAAAAAAUAAAAGUAAUUACAAUUUUGCAAGUGCAUAUUGCACAAAAUAAUUGCUCGUUCAGCUACUUAUCACGCAUAUACUCACUUUUAUCGGUCCCGUCCCGAGUUUUUAACAUUUUUUAGACUUUACCAAUCGUCAAUCAAGAAUCCCUGGGUCCUACUCUUAUCGAUCGGUUUUUAUUUAUUUAUUUUUUACAUUUCCGACUUUCUGAAAAUUGCCGAUUCCGCAAAGCGCAGGCGUGCUGCUUCAUAAACUGAUGGUGAUAGACUCGACUACUCGAGUCUCGGUGUCACGGUCAACCGCUUGGACAAAAUUUCCCGAUCGUGAAGGGAUUGUACACAAUUAAAUAUUCCAGCCGAGUAACCAGAAAUGGAGGAUUGUUCACACUUCACUGUACAUCAUUUGUCGUCUAUCGAAAAAUGUGCUGAAUUUUUACAACAUCACACCGGUACUCUGACUUGCUAUGUAUGCAAAUCGAAAAAGCCUGAAGUAUGGUUCUGUAUAAGUCCAGAUUGUUUGCAGGCAUUCUGUUACGAUGGAGGAUGCGAUCACAGCUAUCUUCAUUUUAAAGAAAACAAAACCCACUGUCUACAUCUCAGUCUCCCUUCUAUGCGCCUGUGCUGUUAUUUAUGUGUCAAAGAAUGUAACAUUGAAAAUAAUACAAGAUCAUUGAACGGAGUACGUCGUGGUUCCAAUUGUUCGAUAGAAUUUUGUCGUAAUACUGCAGCAGCAAAUAACAGUGGGGAAUCUGCUGAUGAAGACAGCGAUGAUGAAUACAGAUUGACCAAAGAUAAUAAACCUACGGGUCUUACUGGUCUUCAAAACAUUGGCAAUACAUGUUAUAUGAACGCUGCACUCCAAGCAUUGUCCAAUACACCACCAUUAACAGAUUACUUUCUGACUUGUUUUCCUGAAUACCCAUACCAAGAAACAGACAAAACUUUAAGUUUAUCUAAAGCUUAUCAUCGUCUCAUUCAAGAAAUAUGGCAUACCAAACGUCCUGGCUAUGUCACCCCUACGUCAAUUUUAUACACAAUGCGUAAUGCAUUCCCAAUGUUCCGAGGAUUUCAUCAACAUGACACACAAGAGUUCUUAAGGUGUUUUAUGGAUCAGUUACAUGAAGAGCUGAAAGAACCUGAACUUGAAAUUGUCCCAUCUAGAAGGCAUUCAUAUAAAGGAACCUCAAGGAAACAGAGUUUAGAACAAAAUCAUUUGGCUAUCCCAGAAGAAGAUAAAGACGAAUGCUCAGACAAUGACGAUGAACUUAAGUCUUUGACUAAUGCUGAUAGUAGUUCUGAAGGUAUAGAUGAAUAUGAAACUUGUGAUUCUGGUGUAAGUGAACGAAGUUCUUUGUCGGAAGAGACGUCUGAGCGAAUAAACUUGACCAAAAAACUAGAACGCCAUCUGUUUGCUAAAAUAAACCAUGGAAAUAAGACAUUAUUCUGUCAAAAAAAUAAAAAAGUUCAUGUCAAAUACAACAGCAUUAUUUCUGAAAUAUUCGAUGGAAAGCUUUUAAGUUCUGUUCAAUGUUUAACCUGCAACCGCGUGUCUUCAAGGGUAGAAGCUUUUCAAGAUUUAUCUCUUCCCAUACCUACUCGUGAUCAUGUUACUGUUUUACAUCAAAGUUCAACCAAUUUGUGUUCAGUACAUAAAUUGUCCGACAUUUACACAAAUCAACAAAAUUGGAUAUUUUGGUUUUGGGACAUGAUGUACAGAUGGUUCUGGGGCCCAACAGUUGGUUUACAUGACUGUCUAGCAGCAUUUUUUAGUGCUGAUGAACUUAAAGGUGAUAACAUGUAUAGCUGUGAAAAAUGCAAAAAGCUGCGUAAUGGUAUAAAGUUUUCUAAACUUCUCGAAUUGCCUGAAGUUUUGUGCAUACACCUAAAAAGAUUCAGGCAUGAAUUAAUGUUUUCAUCUAAAAUAACUUCAUAUGUAACAUUCCCUAUUGAUGGUGUAGAUCUACAGCCUUAUGUUCAUAAAGAUUGUACAUCUCAAGUGACUACAUAUAAACUGGUAUCAGUUAUUUGUCAUCAUGGUACAAUUGGUAGUGGUGGUCAUUACACAUGCUAUUCGUUAAAUCCAAUAAAUGAACAAUGGUAUGAAUUUGACGAUCAGUGUGUCACUUUAGUAUCAGCUGAAAUUGUUCGAAAUUCUGAAGCUUAUGUUCUUUUUUACAAAAAAAAUAGUCCAUUAACCAACAGAAUUAGAACACAAAUGCGGCAAGUUCAAGUAAACAAGACUCAGCCAAAUGGUUUUCCAGAAGCAUGCUUUAUCUCUACAAGAUGGUUAUCCAAGUUUAAUACAUUUGCUGAACCUGGCCCUAUAGAUAAUUAUGAUUUCAUGUGCCACCACAACAGAGUGAAACCAACUCAUGAGCCACAAAUCAAUCAUUUUGCUACCAUGGUUUCUGGACAAAUUUGGGAUUAUUUACACAGCAAAUUUGAUGGUGGACCAAAAUGCACCAACAAUCAGCUACAAAGAUGUGAAGUCUGUUAUGCCGAUUAUGUUGAAAUGACGUUCAGGAAUAAAAUUGAAACAGAAACAAAAGGCUUUGCGCGACUCGAAGAGGAGGCAAGUCUGCAAACUGGAUUAACCUAUUAUGCUAUAUCAACGAGUUGGUUUAAAUGUUGGGAAUCUUUCUUGAAUGGUGUUGUCAGUGAACCACCCGGGCCAAUAGACAACUCAAAGUUGAUUGAUAAAUCUGAUGGAAAAACUUUAGAAACUGACUAUGUAUCAAUAACUGAAGCCCAAUGGGUUUAUUUGUCGAAGAUUUACAGUGGUGGUCCUGUCGUUUUAGUUAAUGAGCUCCAAACACUUGGUAGGAGUACUGAUGCCUUUUUCAAUCAAACAAACACUCAUCGAGACAAACUGUGUGAAGUUGAUGAACUUGUACAAGAAGGCCCMGAUAAAAUAACUUUCGAGACUGAAAAUUUAGAAAUGGUCGGUCAAGAAUCAGGCGACCAACCGACAACUCUUAUUAAAAAUGAAUAAUAACAAUAACAAAAACAUCAACAGUGUUCAGCAGUGAAGAAUAUAAAUUAAAACAAAAUUACAUUGUUUUUUGUUAAUAAUUUCACUUAUAAUAAUAACUUAUAUUUAUAUAAAUAAAAAUGUGCGUUUUGUAUAGUUUUUGGGUAAUUGUAUUUGUAUAGUUAUAUUAAUAGGCUGGUGUAGUUGUAAGUUACCUACUUUGAAAAAAUGUAUGUUAGUUUAUUUAUUAAUAUUUAUCUGCAUUUAGACUACAAAAACUUGUUACCUAAAAUAAUGUUAUUAUUUUGUGUUUUCUACCAUUUUUCUUCUUAUGGUGAUUUUAUUUUGAUUGUUUGUUUGUU